GAGCCGCCAGCCACAUCCGCGCCUCGCCGGUCGACUGGGUGACCGACAGUCAGUUCGGCGCCGACAGCCAUCACGCGUGGACGUUUACAAUUAAACAUGGCCGCCUCCCACACGCAUUCUAUCCCAACAUCAACAGAACGUCGCCUUGAAGGGCGUGCGGGGUCUCGACGCAUAUUUCCACCGCAGUUUAAACUACAAGUCCUCGAUGCCUACAGACGCGAUAGCCAAUGUCGCGGCAAUCAGCGAGCUACUGCCAGAAAGUUCGGGAUACACAGACGCCAAAUUCAGAAAUGGUUACAAGCUGAACCGACUCUCCGCGCGGCGCUCCUGAGACGAGCUCCCCAGCCAGCGCCGUCGCCGCCUCCGUACUCCGUGGGAUCUCCGGAGAGCGCCCGACUGCCGUCUCCACCACCAGUUCAAGCUUCCAUGCCAACGGUCGUUCCAGUUCAACCAGUACAAGUGCCUACACCUCUGCCAGUGCCUACAUCUCUACAAGUGCCUAAACCUUUACCGGCGCCAGUUCCUGUGAUAGUUCCCAGUGUUGAACCUAUAGAUCUGUCGGUCAGACGGCUCUCCCCAGUACCGACAUCGGUCGUCUCGUACGCACCUCCGACGAUGCCAGAACCACCUCGGAAACCUUUCAAACUGUUCAGACCAUUUUCAACCGAUGAAGACGAGGAGAAACCACCGGCGAUCGCUUCUCUACCGGUAAUUCAUGGCGUUCAUGUGUCAGCGUUUAUGCCAGUACAGAGUGCAUCGGGAUGUAGCCUGGCCGCGUGCUCAGCGCCGCGCUGGUGCGCCCCGGCACCUUCCUUCACCGCUCCUCUCAGAUGAGAAAAAGCCUUCGGGGCAAACCCCUUCACCUGUGAUCUAGUCGCUGGCGCUCUCCUGGCGCCGCCCGGGGCGUAGUCCCGCAUCACCGUGCCUUAUUAAACACUUUGCCGUAGUGCAUCAUAAUAUAAUUGCCAUCUGAAGAUGAUGAUUUAUUUUUGUGUAUAAGUAUAAGAUUGUAUUUUUAUAUGUGGGGUUUAUGAAGCUUACCUACAUUUAUGCAGAUUUUAAAUAUAAGCAUUAAUAUUAUUAUAUAUUAUAAUAAAGAAUGUUGACUAUUA